CCCACCAAUACAAACACAAUCAACCAAGGAUGCCGCCCAGGCGAGGAGCAAAGGCUGGGCCUAGCGCAGGCUCAGCAACGGCAAGGGCUGCAAGUCUCCUCUCCAAGGCACGAGCAGCGGCAGCGGCGACUCCUUCGGCUGCAGCAUCUGCCGCCACCUCCCAAAAGCGCCCAGCUUCUUCACCCUCAGCCUCAUCGUCAGCAACCUCGGCCUCUCUUCCCGGUACUAGUUGGGGAAACGGUCUGGCAGAUGCCUCCGUAGCAGAGCCUCGCCAAGAGCCGACCAAUGUUCCGCUACCACAGCUGCUCAAGCAGCUGACCUCACACGGUCUGUCAAUGCUAGAAGCUAUGCCAAUUGCUGGAAAGCUCAUCAAGGGCGGCUUUGCUAUCCCGGAGAAGCUGUCGCUGCUCAGCUCUGCAGCGCUGCAGGACAUGGGUGUGGAAGGAGAGGAGACAAGAAGAAAAGUCAUUGCCGCUUUCGCGGGGAAGAGGACAGCAGCGAUGAUGAAGGCAGCAAAGGGCGGUGGUUCAGAGCUCUCAUCGAAACGGCGGAGAAAAGACGACGACGAAACUCUCUCGAGAGAAUGGGGGAAUGUUGCAGGUCCAUCAAGCACAAGUCGACCCCUUCCGCCAUCUGCUUUUGUAUUUAAUGAGAUCCUAGACGAGGCAGAUGUGAGAGGUCGGUACGCCUUCGUCAACCGAGCACCUAUCAUGACAGCAUGGACGACAAUUGUACUGGAGAGGCUAGGCUUCAAUCGAGCCGAGGCUCUGAGUCUCUCACACUGCUACGUAUCCCACACAUCUACAGCACGGGGUAUAGCCAUUGGUGUGAUACCUGCUUCUGAGCGGAACAAAGCAGUCAACUUUGUCAGCCCCAGUCAGCCUCACUUCGAGCUCAUGGGAGUGAAGAUCCCAGUCAUGCAGAUUGCUGGGGAUCAGUGGAGGGGCCUUUCGGGCGGCGAGGUAGUCGGGCCAGAGAGGGCCUUCAACUACCUCCGCAAGAGCAUGUUUCAGACGCUGCCCCUCGUGAUGGGGGCCCUCACUCUACUGGCCGACUCAUACAUGAAUGCUCCUCGAGCGCAAGCCAUGUCCCCACCGCCCGUUAAGGAGGAAGCGGACAUCAAACGAGAGUCUCUGGACGAUGCGAUCACAGCAACGACGCCAAUUGAACCGAAAGAGGAGCCUCCUGCGGAUACUACCGACAUCAAACAAGAUGCGGCGCCUUCGGACUCCUCUGACUACGGCCCUGAAAUCCUUCAUGCAGAAGCCUACAGGCUGUACGCCGCUUUCCGACCUGAGACGGGUGGCGCCUGGGGCAAAAGAGCUCGAUUCGAGCUGGGCAAGGUCCUGGCUCUACGAAAGGGGCAUGAGCGAGAGCUCGAGGAUUGGGAGGCAAAGGAAGCAAAGAAGGAAGCUGAGCAGGAAGGACAGGUAGACGAGGCGGAGGAGAAGGCAUUGGAGGACGAUAUACAGAGAAUGAUCGAGGAGGAGCUGCAAGGGGCGGCAGAGAAGCGGGAGCAGGACACGAUCAAGCAGGAGACGUAAUGUACUCUUGUACAUUAGCAUACCAGGCUGAUAUAAUACGAUUAUUGAUUUGCGAUCACCUUACCACCACAGACGG